AUGGGUAGUGCAGCAUCUGCCAAAGUCGCAGGGGCGAGCACGAAGGAUCUGAAGGAGGUGGCGAAUGGGAUGUCUGAGGACGAGCGCCAAAAACUUCUCGCGGCGAUCGCACAGCUAGAGUCAGAGUCUGCGCCUGCAGCGCAAUCACUCGAAGCAAUUCUGGGACAGUACAACGCCCACGCCAGUGACGGUGACUGGGGCAGCUACAGCAUCACUGUCACCAUUAAGGCAGAUGCCAGCAUGAUGAUGUACACAAGCUCUUGCGACUUCCGCGACAGCCCAGAAACCAUUACCACUACGGAGGGUUCAGGGGCUCUGGAAGGCGAGAUUCUGACUUUCACGUCCACCAAGGUUUGCAAGGAGCAACAGGGAACGGGCGCGAUGGAACCCAAGACCAAGGAUGAGACCGAGACAUACAAGUUCAAGCUGCAGCCUGACGGGAGCUUGGCCAUGUUGAGGAAGGAUGGCACGGUUGAUGAGAUCCAAGGUGGCUAUGGCGGCGAUCCAAAGCCUGCAAUUCUCAGAAGAAG